CAAUCCAAUUAUCUUUCUGUGAUAAUUAAAUUAUCGAUAAUUUUUUGAAAUCAAAUGAACUCUUUGAUCUGAAUAUAAUCUGAAUUACCCUACACAAUCUGAAUCUUCAGAGUCCAUUUAGUGUUUUAGCUAUGUCUCUUAAUACAGAUAAAUUUUUGGAAAGCGCUCUAUCCGUUGCCAAACAAGCUGGAGAGUUGAUAAGAUCUCAAUUCAACAACAGAAAUAAAACUAUCACUACGAAAGAAUGCGACAUAGAUUUAGUUACAGAAACUGAUAAAGCUGUAGAAGAGUUAAUUAUCAAUAGUCUCUCGAAGGAAUUUCCAGAUCAUCGAUUCAUAGGUGAAGAGACAACUGCUGAUGGGAAAAAGGUGGAAUUAACAGAAGUGCCAACGUGGAUUAUAGAUCCCAUUGACGGGACAUUGAAUUUUGUUCACUCGUUUCCACAUUCUUGCAUUUCUUUAGCGUUGUUCAUCAACAAAGAGCCUAGCAUUGCUAUAGUUUAUAAUCCCAUGCUUGAACAGUUAUUUACUGCACAGAAGGGGGUUGGAGCUUUUUACAACAAUAAGGAAAUGAAAGUUUCUGGAAAGCAGAAUCUUAGUGAAGCUUUGAUUAUGUAUGAAGUUGGAACAUUCAGAAAUGCUGAGAGAAAGAAGGUUACAUUGAAAAAUAUUGAUACAUUGGUUGAUAUAGCACAUGGGUUACGUUCAACUGGAUCAGCUGCUUUAAAUAUGGCUAUGGUAGCUCUUGGUGCUGCCGAUGCAUAUUUUGAAUUUGGAAUUCACGUUUGGGAUAUUGCUGCAGGAGAACUUCUUGUCACUGAAGCUGGUGGUGUUAUCAUGGAUCCUUCUGGUGGCCCAAUAGACAGAUUAUCAAGAAGAGUUUUAGUUGCCAGUUCAAAAGAAUUGGGACAACAAUUAUCUGCUAAAUUGAGUCAGUUCUAUCCAACUCCAGUGGACUAAUCGCUUGAAUGAUGGGGGGUCAGAAAGAGAAACUAUGUAAUAAAAUAUUCAGAUCUUAUUGUAUAGUCGUCAUUAUAACAUAUUUAUUUCUACAGUGGAGUACCUGUAUCUUGUACUUAUAGUAACAAAGUAUAUAUGUGUUAUGUAAAAGCAAAAGAGUUUUUUGGGUA